GUGCUGCCGCCGUCUUGCUCACCGGGGCCGCCCUGGCCCUGGCGGCCUCGCCAGCGGCCGCGCCAGCCUUCGUCGCCCCCUCGGCGCUGCCCCAGAGGCCCGAGCCGGCGGCCGAGCCCAGGGCGUCCCGCCGCCGCCGCGGGGCGAGCGGUGAGCGCCGGGGCCGCGGGGGCCUCGGGCGACGUCGAGGCGAUGCGCUCCUCGCUGGAGGCCUCUUGGCAGUGGCAGGCGCGCCCGGCCGCGAUCGGGGACGACGGGCGGGCGGCGGUGACUGCGCCAGCCUGGCGUUGCCUCCGCGCGCCCUGCUCCGAGGGAGCGCAGGCGGUUGGCGACGUCGGCUGGCAGGGCGCGCUGGAGUCCCUCGCCCGGCUGGGCAUCAGCUGCGCCGUGCUCGGGGAGCUGGUGCUGCUGGCCACCGGGCUGGAGGCCAACAGCCACCGCGUGGCCAUCACGGUCUGCGGCUGGCUGCUGCUGCGCCCCCUCCUGAAGCCCGGCCAGCCGCCGAGGUGA